GGCAGUUUGCAUCAUAGAAAGAAUGAAUACUCUGCAUUUUACAAUUGUGUGUUCGAUGGACGGCGGACGAGUUUUGUUUUUGUAAUAUUUUAAGUAAUAAUAAUAAGCACUGUUUUUUUAAGUAAUUAAAAUAUUCUAGUUCAAACGUUUAAUUUAUCUUGUGGAAAAUAAUAAGAACAGAAAAUAACCUAAAAUGUCUGAGAGAAAAGUAUUGAACAAAUAUUACCCACCGGAUUUUGAUCCAUCUAAAAUACCUCGCAUGAAAUUGGCGAAAAACCGACAAUACACAGUACGUCUUAUGGCCCCAUUCAACAUGCGUUGUGCCACUUGUGGAGAGUACAUUUACAAAGGGAAGAAGUUUAAUGCUAGAAAAGAAGAUGUAGAAAAUGAGGACUACCUUGGUAUCAGAAUUUACAGAUUUUAUAUUAAAUGCACAAGAUGCCUGCAAGAGAUAUCUUUCAAGACCGAUCCUAAGAACACAGAUUAUGAGAUAGAAGCAGGUGCUACCAGGAACUUCAUGGCGCUGAAGUUGGCUGAGGAGCAGGCCAAGCGGGAGGAAGAGGAACAAAAGGAAGAAGAGGCCAAUAACCCCAUGAAGUUAUUAGAAUACAGAACAGAGCAGUCGCGGCAGGAGAUAGAGCUGCUGGAGAGCCUGGAGGAGCUGAAGGAGCUGAACCGGAGACAGCGCGCGGUGGACUACGAGCAGAUGCUGCAGCAGUACCAGCCCGAGACCGAGCUGCAGAGGCGCGCGCGCGAGCAGCGGGAGGACGACAACGAGAUCAAGUCAAUAAAAUUCAACAAUCCAUCAACACAAAAAGUGGUCGCUGAAGAGAUAAUAGAAGAAGUGCCUGACGAGGACGAACCGCCGGCCAAAUCUUCAAAAAUUGAGAUCUUGCCAACAAAGAGCAGUGGAGCAAAGAAAAAUGAGUCGUGGAACAAAAGCAUUGGAAUGUUAUCAAAAAAACCGGCGCUGGCUAAUUUGGUCAGGAGUAAAAAGAAAGAAACAGAGUCACCAACAGUACCAAAUACAUCUAACGCACAGACUAGUACAGAAAAUAAUAAUAAUUCAAAGACAGAAACAGCAAAGCCUUUGGGAUUAUCAUUACUGGCAAAUUACUCUGGAAGUGACAGUGAUUCAUAGUGAUUUUUUUUUAUUGGGUUUGUAAUUAAGUAAGCUGCACAGUAAACAUAGGUAAUAAUUUA